AAAGUUUUCUCCCACCAUGUGAGCGAGGGAAGUUGGACGGUGUGGCAUGGUUUGAAAUCGUCUACAGAUUAGAUUAAUUAAUUCUAUUUCAAAUAUCACAAGUUUUUAUAUUUAUUAAAAUAAAAUAAUUGUAAGAUAUGGGAAAAGAUAAGACCAAGAACCAGAAGAAGUCGCGACAGAAAUCUCUACAGCUAGCACAGGAGGACUAUGGCUCUGUUCCACACUCGUUCGUGUUCCACCGAGGGCAGAUCGGCAAGAAUAUUCACCAGCUGGUGGAGGACAUGCGGCGAGUCAUGGAACCCUACACCGCCGAGACCCUCAAAGUGCGGAAGAAGAACGUGCUGAAGGAUUUCGUGGCUGUGGCAGGAACUCUAGGGGUCACCCACUUCCUGAUCUUCAGCAAAACCCCGGCCACUGUGAACAUGAGGCUUGCCCGUCUGCCCAAGGGACCGAUGCUGUACUUCAGAGUCCUGAAGUAUUCCCUGGUCAAGGAUGUGGUGUCCUCUCUGAAACGACACAGGAUGCACGAGGAGCAGUUCACCCAUCACCCUUUGCUAAUCCUCAAUAACUUUGGGCUGGCGGGCAUGCAGGUCAAACUGAUGGCUACCAUGUUCCAGAACAUGUUUCCUUCCAUCAACGUGCAUAAGGUAAAUCUAAACACCAUAAAGAGGUGUGUCUUGAUCAGCUAUGAUGCACAGACUCAGACGAUAGAGUUCAGACACUACAGCCUGAAGGUUGUUCCUGUAGGGAUGAGCAAGGGGGUGAAGAAACUGAUGCAGGAGAAGUUUCCCAACAUGAGCAAGUUUGAGGACGUCAGUGAGCUGCUCAUGAAGGCUGCCAAUCUUUCCGAGAGCGAGGCAGAGCAGGACGGCGACCACAAUAUCACUGAACUGCCGCAGGUGUGCUCCGGGCGAGGAAACAUGAAGGCCCAGCAGAGCGCCGUGAGGCUGACUGAGAUUGGCCCCAGGAUGACCCUGCAGCUGAUAAAGAUUGAAGAAGGGAUGGGUGGAGGGAACGUGCUUUACCAUACUGUCAUUGAGAAGUCGGAGGAGGAGCUGAAGGAGAUCCUGGCUCGCAAGGAGAAGCAGCUGAAGCUGAAGGAGGAGAGGAAGAGGCAGCAGGAGCAGAACAUCGCACUGAAGAAAGAGAAAUACCAACAGAACAAGAAGAGGAGCCUGGAGGGGAUCAAGAAGAAGCAGAAGCAGGAUAAAGGCGGGGACAAUGACAGCGAAGCAGAGGAUCCUGGGGUGCAGGAUGACCAGGCUGCUGCUGCUGAGGAAUCCGAUGAUGAGGCGGAGUAUUACAGACAGGCUGUGGGGGUGGAGCCUGACGAAGACAUGUUCCCAGGGGCCUCCAAGAGGAAGAGGGCUCCAGGAAACGCUCAAAGACCGUUCAAGAAGAGGAAGCUCUCCUCCGAGAGAGUGAGGAAGGCUGGCCGAGACUCGCCCAGGCAGGGCGCACCCAAACCUGGGAAGAAAAACCGGGGAGCCCCCAGUCCAGCAAGGGGGAGGGCCGACCGGAGACAGCCAGGAGACAGAGGAGCAGGGAAUCGGCCUGCCAAGAGGGGGGAGCAAAAGCUCGGAGGGAGGAAGACGGGGGGAGGGAAGGGCUUCGGAUUUAAGGGACAGAGGGGCAAACCUCAACCAGGUUUGAAGCGGAGAGCAAUGGGCGGGGGGAGACAGGGCUUCAAGCAGAAAAGGGGGAAAGGUCGGCAGACGGGCCCGAAGGCACGCGAGGGUCGCGACCACCGGUCCCCCGCAAGAAAAGACGUCGGGAAGAUGAACAGCAGCGGGGCUGAUAGCUUCCAGAUUGGAUUUUUGCCGCCGGUUUUCGGAAUCGAGUUCUGUCUGGCGUUCCCGGGCAACGUGCUGGCGCUCUGGCUCCUGCUCACCAGAGAGCGGAGAAACUGGCACACGGGGGUCGUCUUCUCUUUCAACCUGGCGGUCAGCGACCUGCUGUAUGUGCUGACCUUGCCGCUGCUGGUCAUCUAUUACCUCGGGGAGAAGGAGUGGAUCUUUGGGGAGGCCACCUGCAAGAUCGAGCGCUUCCUCUUCACCUGCAACCUUUACAGCAGCAUCUUCUUCAUCACCUGCAUCAGCGUCAACCGCUACGUGGGCAUCGUGCACCCGAUGUUCACGCACAGCCACGUCAGGCCCAAACACGCCAAGCUAGUCAGCGUCGGCGUCUGGGCUCUGGUCACCGUCCUUUCCUGCCCUGUGCUGAAAUAUGCCGCCUUGACCAAAGGCGAGAGAAACAACACUGAGUGCGUCUCUUUCGACCACAAAGACAAGACCUAUUUCGUUUACAGCGUCUUUUUGGCCACUGUUGGGUGUUUGGUGCCUUUCUUGGCGACUUUCGCUUCCUACUUCGCCAUCCUCUGGGUGGUGUGGAAAAACCAGAACAUCACGCCGCUGGAAAAGAGGAAAGUAGCCGCGAUGAUCGCUCUGGUUGUGGUGUUGUAUGCGGUCUCCUUCAUUCCUUACCAUGUGCUCAGGAACGUGAACUUUUUCAAUAGAGUCUUUGAUACAUACUCGUCGCGCAGGCUGUAUCAGUCAAUACAGGUGACGAAGGGGCUGGUGACUUUGAAUAUGUGCAUUCACCCUCUCCUCUACAUGACCGUGUUUGACAGCAUCAGAACUAUCUGCUGUGGAAGGACUUCAAAACAAUAAAAAGAAAUCACACCAUACCGCCCUCUACUUGUUGUAAUCGGUAUUGCAUCGGUUCAAGGGCAGAAAUGGUUUUGGAACAAAUAGCUUUAACCGUGCUGUAUAAUAGAUUGUGUGGCAUUGUGGAGUUGUGUUUCUCAUUUGCCGGUACCGUUGUCAGGUGGUUGGGAUCGAAACAUUUUAUGUUUGUGCUGGAAGACUCGCGGUUCAUGCGUUGUGUACACAGGGCCAUGUUAUUUGUGUUCUUUCUCCAUCUAAAACCUUUAGCAUUCUUACAAAGUUCUGAAAUAAAGCCGGUAUUUGGAAAUGAA